AGCUAUCUCACACGCACAACCAGGUACCACUACAGCAAUGCCUUCUACUCUACAUCAUAGCAUAGCAUAACAUAGCACAUCAUGAAAAACUCCCAAAACUCCCAACUCCAGUUCCACCACGACACACCCCAUCGCGCCCCCCCAAACAAGAAGUGAUACCCGAUCCGACCAAACCAACGCCCCUGCAAACCCUCCAAUCAGAACCCCCGCGGAUCCGCCUUACCGCGAACCAUCCCACCAAACCACAACAUUCCCACUCCACCACCGCCUUGCCGCCCACUACCACACCCAACACCCAACAUGACGCUCCCCCUCACCACCCUCCGCCACGCCCUACGCCAACCCCUCCCCAACCCGCGCCUCCUCCAACGCCGCUGGGCCCGCGUCCACGCCGUGCGCCACCUCGCAACCCACGACGCACAAGCCCGCAUCACAGCAAAGUACCGGGAGAAACUCGAGCAGCGCGCAAAAGAGCAAGGGUUGUCCGAUAUCUCGGAGCUGAAAGACGUGUAUAGGGAGAAAAUUGAUCGACUGAGGAAACAAGCCAUAGUGCCGGGUGCAACAGGGCCGUUGACACCGCCGCCGUCGCCAGAGCCCGCGGGAGAAGGGAUCUUGGAGAGCGCGGCGAAAGCGCAAAAGUCGCCAUGGCCGGCUCCCCCGCCUCCGCCGUCGCCGCAGCAGGGGAGGGCGAAAUCUACGGCUCCACCGGGCGUUAAAACACUGUCCUCGUUCCUCGACGUGCCUAAGACGCAGGCCCUGCCUGAGAAGGAAAUCCAAGCCCUCUGGCGUCUGCGCCACGCUGCGAAUCCGCAGUCAAUACACUUCUCCGUCCCAGCACACACUUUCACCCAGCUCCUCGAGACCGCGAAACAACACCCCUCCUUCGUGCUGCCGAUGCCGCGCGAGGUGCCCAAGGAAGGCAGCAGCAGCAGCGGGGAGUCGGAGACACAACAAGCCGCCGAGCUGCACUAUCUGCAAUUCGCGCACCCGCAUGUUGAUACGACGACGCUGCUUUUUACGUCGCUGGGGGAGUUUAAGCUCAGGGGUGAAUAUGCGAGUCCGCAUACGACUGUGACGUUCCAUCAGGAGCUUGCGGGGUCGCAUAAUCUCGUGCUGGGGCAGGGGGUUGUGACGGAGGGGAGGGGUGUUAGUGUGGAUGAGGCGAGGUGGCUGGUGAUGUGCAUGCAGAAGUUCUAUGUGCAGAGUGAGGAGGGGAAGGGGAGGGGUGAGCUGCUGAGUAUGUUUACAAAGGGGGAUACGAAUUUCAAGGUUGAGAGGUUGAUUGAUGAGGCGGAGAAGAUUUUGUGAGUGGUGAUGGGAGGCAUAUGUAUGAUGAAUUGUAUAAAAGGUAUCUGGUGAAUGAAUAUAGACGACGCUACCCUACUGAACAUCUCCGCAUUCGCCUUGUGCACGCUUCUCAUGACAUUAUCCGACAUACCACCCUUUCACACAACACCGCAUCGCUCAUGUAUUUCAUAUCGUUCAUAUCGUCCAUAUCGUUAAAUCGUAAGUGUCUUCCAAAUCGUGGGUGUCGUUCAUAUGGGAUGUGUCAUGGAUACCAUCAGUGUCGAA